AUGGCCAAAAAUAGCAUCAUUCGUGAACAACUGUGGGUAACACUAAGAGACUUUGGCAUACCGAUAAAUUAAUGAAACUAAUUCAGAUGUGUAAUGAACAAAUUUAUUGCAGGCUACGUUUCUUAGAAGAAUUAUCAUCAAUAUUUGAAUGCAAGAAGGGCCUGAGACAGGGUGACACACUGUCCCUAGUGCUGUUAAAUCUAGCUCUGAAAAAGGUGGUGAGAGAUAUACCAAACCUCAAAGAAAUGGAAUUAAUAAGCCCCUAUACCUUGUUCGCCUAUGCAGAUGAUAUUAUUUUAUUAGGAGAGUCCAGAAAUGAUGUUGAGGAGAAUGUAAGAAAGUUAAUAAAAUCUAGCUGCAAUAUUGGGCUAGUGAUAAACGAAAACAAGACAAAAUAUAUGGUGAUGAAUAGGAACGCAACUGUAAAGGAUAAUCUACACAUUGAAAGACUUACUUUCGAGCAAGUAGGGUACUUCAAGUACUUGGGAGUUAACAUAAACGAAAAGAACAAUAUGAAAUUAGGAUGA